CGCCCCGCUCCGCGGCCUGGCUGUAGCCGCGGGGCCGCAGCAGCGAGGCAGACGCCGGCAGCGCCGAGUCGGCGGCGGAGGCCAGGAGACCACCCGCUCCCCGGGUCAGCAGUUCUCCCAGGCUCCGGUACAUUUUGCGGUCUUUCUGGCAGGUCUAUGACUCAUUGCCCGGCCUCCUUCAGGAUCAACCCAAAAACAACACACUGCACUGAAGUCACAUCAUGUCCUCAAUAUUUCCCUGCAGCCAGGCUCUGGGGAGGCCUUCAGUGGACAUGAUGGAUCAACAGCCAAAGAUUCACAUCUUCCUCGGUGCUCCUCCUCCUCUUCCUCCUUCACCUGGUGAGGAGGAGGAGGAAGAACAUUCUGCAGGAUGGAGACACCUGGAGCUCACCUGGAGGCGGGGCCGUCUCCGACCCGCUGCAGAUGUUCCUGGGAAUGACGAUCAGAGGAAGGAGAAUCCAACAGAAGUGGAACCGGGUCGAGGCACAGGGUCUGCUAGAGGAGAUGGAGGACUGGCGUCUGAAGCCGGAGCUCUGAGGACCGAGGAAGACUCCGAUGGUUCUGAGGAGGAUCUGUGUUCUGCUUCGGUCCGGGAGUAUCUGGACCGCUGUUUCCCUCUAGCUCAACCAGAACCAGAACCAGAGCAUCAGCCUCCGUCCACCAGGACCCAGUUCCUCAGCACAUGGAGUCUCAGCCAGGCCCUGAUCCUGAGAGGAAGACUCGCCGUCCAAUCAGCAGUCAGCUCCGACGAAGCCCCGCCCAUCCCCCCGUCCGGCUCCUCCAGCACCCCGGAGCUGUUCAGCCCUGCCGCCUCGUCUCCCGGAGGCUCCAUGGAUCUGUUCAGCCACACCUGUCCGGCCUCCAGGGCAGAGCAAGGUGUCGUAAUGGAGGUCACCGCAGACGGUGUCCUCUGCUCUCAGGAGUCCGACCCCCAGGGGUCGCCCGCCUCGCCCCCCUGCAGCAAGAAACCACGACCCUCAGAGGAGUCUGCAGCGCCAGAGAGCUCCACCUCCACCACCCGUCUGGACAGGUGUGCCCAGGUGGGACGCAGGUACUCUGUCCUGGUGGUGGUGGUCCACCCAAGCCACCUGAAGGAGGUCCAGGUGCGGUCGGGUCCGUCAGCAGGAAGCCGUGUUCCUCUUGCCUCCAUGGUCGUGACGGACCAAUCAGGAGCCGAGAUGAAGGUGGUUCUGUGGAGGAGAGCGGCCUUCUGGGUUCUGACCGUGAGUCCUGGAGAGGUUCUGCUCAUCACAGGGCUGCAGGUGAGAGAGGACAGGUGGAGAGCAGAGACUGUCCUCCAGUCCACCUUCUCCAGCAAACUGCUGAACCUGGGACACGCCUCCACCUCACCGCCAGUUAGCCAGCAGGUUAGCGCCCGCGCUCUCCGCUCUCUGUGCGGUUUCGUCAGAGAGCGGCGCCCCCUGCUGGUGUCCGUCCCCAGCCGGCCCCAGCAGGAUCUGAGCCGGCUCCCUUACGCCACCCUGAGGUCGCUGCGGGUCAACACGCUGGUUCACGCUCUGCUUCGCGCGCACGCUCACAUCAGCUCAGAGUGGAGAGACGAAGCCGAGUCUCGGAACCGCUCUGCGGUCCAGAUGAAGGCGGUUCUGAUGGUGCAGCAGCCGGGCGGCCAGCAGGGGGCGCUGCUGCUGUGGGGGUCUGCGAAGGGCUGGCUGCCUCUAUUCAGCAAACACAAAGAUGCUGUGUGGGACUUCAGAGUGCUCCUGGUGAGGGAGGGUUUGACCUCUGACCUCUCGGAGCUGCACUCCACCCCCUGGAGCUCGGUCCGGGCUCUGGACCCGACAGACCGCCGGGCGCUGGACUUCCUGCGGGCGUGGUGCCAUCCAGGCCCGAGCGACGCGGGUCUGGAGCUGGAUGUGGACACGCUGUUGUCCCAGAAGUACAGCGGUGAGGUGGAGCUCAGAGUCCAGGUGCUCAAUUUCCAGUUCCAGGAGGCUCCGCUUUCCCAGAAUCCGGCCCAUCCGGUUCUGGACGGCUCCACGCCGCGGGCCGGCCUCCUGGCGGCACUGAGCGGUGACAUCACCUACACCGGCUGCGGCCGCUGCGCCGCUGAGCUGGACACGGACCGCAACGGGAUCUACACGCCGUGCUACGCCUCGCCGCUCACCGCCCUGCGCCGCUUCUACAGGCCAGGUGUGUUGACAGUGAGUGGGCGGGGCUCUGCCCACCUGAUGAUCCGGGUUCCUCCGGUUCCUCUGCAGAAAAUCCUCCAAGCCCCUCCGGACCGACUCCAGUGCAACGCAGCUCCAGGUUCUCAUGUGCGACACGUCCAGGUAGCGGCAGAGAAGCUGCAGGCGCUGCUGGCUCUUCCCAGGAAGUGGGUGGUCGUCACGGUGCGGAGCCACUUCCUGUGCGACCAGAACAGCGUUCCCCUCAGUCAGGACUUCACUCUGCUGGACCUUCAGGUUCCGGCCCGGUGAAGAACCCACCUGGUGGGCGGAGCUUACAGUCUCCUCCAGGUGUGUGGGCCGGGCCUGCUGCCGGCGGGUCACAUGACCCAUCAGCAGCAGCUUUAUUAUUAUUACUAUUAAAUCAUUUGAUCUGACCUGAGUUCAGAUCAAAUGAUUAUUUCAUAUUUGUUGAGUUAAAGAAGCUCAAAUGAAACGAAGAUCAGAAUAAAUUUCAUUUAAACAUUUUUAUUCCUUCAACACAUUUCCAUAUUUGGAGAAAGCCAGAAAGAUGAUGAUAAUGAUGGUGAUGGUGAUGGUGAUGAUGGUGAUGAUAAUGAUGGUGAUGAUGAUGAUGAUGAUGAUGAUGAUGAUGGUUUCAACAGGAUGAAGGUUCACUUAUCAGAGGUUUGUUCUGCCACCUCCAGCAGAUCAUCAAACAGGUCUGAAAAUAGAUCAGUUAUUUCAGUUUGUCGACACAAAAUGGAUCUAAUUCAACAAAAUAAAUCUCCACUUAAGAA